AUGACAAUUAAUAUUCUAUGCCACCUAAAUACUUGGAUUUCUCGUCUCUAUCACGUUGAAGCGACUCUUCCUUUGAUGAUUUGGGUCAACGAUAACUUCUAUUUCCUGUUUCAUAUCUAUAACAAUCUCACUAAUUUCUUCUAUAAUGCUCAGUCGCUAAGUGUCAUAAUCAUGUCUGGACACAGAUUAUUCUCCGCAAAAUCAACAAAAGGAAGCGAGUUUUGGAAUAAUCACUAUGGACAUGCGUACAUCCUCUUAGUGAUUGUUAGUGCAGUUUUGGCAAUCCCGAAUAUUGUUUUUGGAUUCAGCAACCCGGACUAUUAUGAUAGAAAUAAGUGUAUCUUUGUUGCAAGUCCAGUGGAUGAGAACCUGGCUAAUCUUAGUAAUACAAUAUUCUUGAUCAAAAGUUUCGUUUUCUUUGUAACAAUUCUGGUAAUCAAUGUCUGGACAAUUGUCCUUAUCCGAAAGCGAUUUGCUCAUAAAUCCGACAGUCCAAAGGUCAGAACAAUGAUGAAGAAUCUCACAACGAUUGCUCUUAUCAACACUCUCCUGUUUUUUUUUGUCUUGCUCUAUCCUGUUGGUCUCAGUAUGGCAUUUAAUGUUUCAGCAGACAUGAAAUAUAACUUUACAAUGAUAACAUCUGAUGUGUUAUCUCUAUCUCUACCUUACAUACUUUUAUUUUGUGAUCGAAAUGUUCAAACAACUUUAUUCAAACUAAAGGAGAAGGUUUCACCAGAUACAAUUGAAGUCAAGCCAAAUGGAACUAGUGAAACAAGAAGAAAAACUACCAUUGCUUUCACUUAA